AUGCCAGCACUCUCGCCACGCCUCGACGCGCCGUCGGCGUCCGAGCGGUCAUCAGCAUCGUCCAUGGACGCCGACGCGGCGCCCACGCUUCCUUGCCCCGACGAUCAACGCCUGACCGCACAGCGCGCGCCCUUGCCCGCACUCUCGCCACGCGUCGACGCGCCGAUGCCGUCGGAGCGGUCAUCUGCAUUCUCCAUGGACGCCAACGCGGCACCCACACCUCCUUCCCCUCCCAGCUCGAAGAAGCGCUCGCUCAGCCCUCUGCUCGGCAUGGGCGACGGCCACCAGGACCCAAACUCUAGCCCAUGCGGCUCUCCCUCCCGCAGGCUCCGCAUAUCCGCAGAGAGCACCGUGGUCGCGCUCGCUGCCGCUGCGGCGGCCACGCUCUGGUCGGACGUCGACGGAGAGCAUGAAGAUGUCCAGAGUCUCGAAUCGGCGGGCGUCGCUGUCGACUUAGGCCGCGGCGACGUUCAGGGACUCCAACCCUCGGGCGACGGAUGCCAUGGCGUCGCCCCUAACUAUCCCAAGAGAUGGAGCGACGCCGACGAGGUCACGCUCCUCGCCGCAGCCGCCUUCUUCCGCGAGCGCACCGGGCGAUCCCCGCUCCCCAUCGACGCGGGCGCGCUGUUCGACUCCAUCAGGGACUCCGUCUCCCCGCACAUAAACGAAGCCAAUGUGUCCUACAAGCUGACGCGCUUCAGGAGCAGGUUCCUGCACUCGGCGCCGGGGGAACCCGCCACCGCGCACGACCGCCUCUUGCAUGAUCUCAGUGUCAAAGCGUGGGGCUCUGUCAACACUGUGGCUCGAGAGGCCUGA